GCCAUCUCUACCAUUUCUUGUUGAAGUUGUCUAAACUUCGAUAAAUUUCGCUUGUUCAUCAUCUCACCACACACAUACGCGAAGCCAAUAAGCAAGAUCAUCAUGUCGGCAACUGUCACUGAGAACCCCGUCACGACGACGAUCCAACGAGACUACCUCCACGAUUACCAGAUUCGUCUCACUGGAGGCGUCGAGGAAGCCUUCGCGAGAGGCAAUGCGGAUGCUCCAUCGCCAGCAGCAGUGAACCCGCCCGGGUGGUACGACCAGCACCGCCAGGUCCCUCCAUACAGGCCGGCGAACACGCAUAUGGAUAUAGCAGACAGGCCAUGGGGGUCAAAUGGCAUCGAGUCGGCCUUUGUGUUUGUCAUGUUGAAUGGGUGUUGGCUCCAAGGGGUUACCAACUGGCUCUGGAGGUCGACGGGUGGAAGAGUCAAUAAGGAUAUUUUCAGGUUCAAGGUCGGUGGUGAGUUUUGAUGCGCUGGUUGUGAGAUUCUGAGUGAGUAGUGUGUGGCCUUAAAGGCAUGGUGGUGGCGAAUGGCAUCUACUCUGUGUUCAAUACAUUCAAUGACAGCAAUCUAUUUUCUAUGUCUGCCAGGUAUCAUAAACCUCUAAAUCUC